GCUCUUGAAAUUGACAAACGGAAUCACGGUCGGCUAUCAGUCGAAGGUGAACCGUUGAUAACGCAACUACCCCUUGAUAGCGAGAAGCACCAUCCAAUCGACCUACGUAAUGGAAAUUAACCUUGGGGCGUGCAUUGCUGCACUUCUAAUUGUGAUACUGAUCUACAGAUGGAUAACUCGCAGAAAUGGCUAUUUCCACGAGAAACCAAUACCAUCGAUGGCAGUUGCGCCUCUCUUCGGCAGCACAGGUGCACUAAUUUUCAAAAAGUUCUCGCUGCACGGAUUCAUAAAGCACAUCUACCAGAAGUACUCGAAUGCAAAAGUUUUCGGGCUGUUUGACGCAAUGACGCCGAUCUUCGUCGUCCGAGAUCCAGAAUUGAUCAAGAAGAUCACCGUCAAAGAUUUUGACCACUUCAUCGACCAUAGGCCAACGUUCGGGGACAGUGAGAACGAUAAUCCAUACUCAAUUUUUGGCAAAACGUUAUUCGCUAUGGCCGGACAGAAGUGGCGGGAUAUGCGGGCAACGUUGAGUCCCGCCUUUACCGGUAGCAAAAUGCGGAAGAUGUUUCAGUUGGUCCUCGAGUGCAGCGAUAGUGUGACGCAGUAUUACGUAAACCAGUCGAAGAAAACACUCGAAGUGGAACUGACUGAUUUGUUUACUCGUUUCGGUUCCGACGUGAUAGCGACGUGUGCCUUUGGUAUCAAAAUGGAUUCUCUAAGGGACCAUGACAAUGACUUCUACGAUAAUGGCAAGAAGAUGAUGCGCUUUGAGCGAUUGAGUGUGUUGUUACGGAUGUUCGCGUUCAAGUUCUUCCCAUCACUAAUGGGACAUCUGGGAAUCGACAUCAUUGAUCGAGAUCAGGUACGAUACUUCAGUGCUUUGAUCACGGACGCCGUGAGGCAGCGUCAGAACAAGGGUAUCAUUCGUCCAGAUAUGAUCCAGCUACUCAUCCAGGCACGAAAGGGCACAUUGAAACACCAAGAUGAGAAGGAAUCAGAUGAAGGAUUUGCUACGGCUAUAGAAUCAAGCAUCGGAAAAGCGAAUGUCUCGUUCAACAUGACGGACAACGAAAUGAUCGCUCAAGCUUUUGUGUUCUUCUUGGCUGGAUUUGAAACGGUGUCUACCACCUUAACAUUCCUGAUUCACGAUCUUGUUACAAACCAAGAAGUACAACAACGAUUAUACGAAGAGAUUGUUGCUACAAACGAAUCGCUACAGGGUACGCAGUUGAGCUACGAUACCCUUCAGAAGAUGAAGUACCUGGAUAUGGUCGUGACGGAAAGUUUGCGAAUUCGUCCAGCAGCAGCCUUUUUGGAUCGUCUGUGUAUUCAUGACUACGAGUUGGACGAUGAGCAAGGCCUGAAGUUUACCAUCAACAAAGGAACUGCCGUAUGGAUCCCUACCCAAGGACUUCAUAUGGAUCCACAGUACUAUCCAAAUCCGGAGAAGUUCGACCCGGAACGGUUCAAUGACGAAAACAAAGCCAACGUUAAUCCAAUGACCUAUCUGCCGUUCGGAAUUGGUCCGCGGAACUGUAUCGGAUCGCGGUUUGCCCUGAUGGAGAUCAAGGCCAUUGUUUACUAUCUGUUGCUACAUUUUUCCUUCGAAGCCAACAGCAAAACACCGAUCCCACUGGAGCUGCGCAAAGGUUUUACCAUUGUGGCCGCCGAAGGUGACGUGUGGAUUGAUUUGAAGGCCAGGUAGAAGUUUAUAAUUUAAAAGAGGGAACUCUUUAUUGAAAAUAAAGUUACAUUCUUUUUAUUUUUAUGGGUAGAAGAUCGUUUUCUAUUAAUAAGGAACAUCGUGUUAGAUCAUAAGAUAAUUAAAUAAUGCACUAUGAACAAA